AUGGAGGAACUCACUCAUGAAGUUGAAUUAACUUCUCUUUUCAAUAAGAUAUCAGAAGGAUCCAAGACAAUUAAUUCAAAGAGUGCAAUGGAAAUAAUAUACAAAAUGGGUUAUGUUCCUUCAAAAGAAGACAUAGAUGGGUUUAUUCAUGAUACAAGCGGUAUUUGCUCUUUGUCUAGUAUAAUAAAGUUCUGCAAGAAACUCAAGACGUCUAAGUGCUCCACAGAGGGCUUAAUAGAUCUAUUUAUGAACUAUGAUCUAGAUAAAUCAGGUAAAAUUUCGAAGGAAAAAUUUAAAUUAUUGUUUACUACUGUUGGUUCGAAGCUAUCGAAUAAGGAAAUAGACAUAAUCAUCGGUGAGUUGUGCGAUAAUGAACAACUAAUAGAUUACAAGGAAUUUUUAAACAAGCUAUUACUUCAAUGA